AGGCACUUUUCCAUCCACUUGGAUUGAACCGGGGAUCCGGACACUGAUCCGGACACUCUCCUUUGUUUCUUCUCCCAUGCCCUUUUGUUUUCUUUCGAAAACGAAUUAACGCAUUUUGUUUAGAUCCAGUGGACCGAUCCUGGGGCUUUCAGCAAGCCACAAGUGAAGGAAGACAAUGGAAACGGAACAAGGUGAGAUACCAAAUAUGGAUGAUGAACUGAGGGCUCUGGUUGAAGAAAAUGCUUUUCGGGCUUUGAUUGGAGUUCCUUUAGCAAAAAGAUCCUAUUUCCCGUUAACAAAUGAAAGUGUGGCGGUGGAAGAAAAUGAGUUUUUCUCCCUCACCUUUCCUAGAAAGCUUUGGAAAAUAGUUGAAAGUGACAGAUUUAAGUCAGUUUGGUGGAAUGAAGAUGGAAGUUGCAUAAUUAUUGAUGAGAAGCAGUUUAGAGAAGAGAUUUUAGAAAAUAAAGGGCCUUGUAGGAUAUUUGAAACUGAUUGCAUGAAGAGUUUCAUCCGCCAGCUUAAUCUCUAUGGCUUCAGCAAACUGCGACACGAUUUGGAAAGAUCUGCCUCCCUCGAUGAAUUUUUGGUGGAAGAAAAAGAAGCUCUUCCAUUAAGCAAGUUACAGUUGUACUAUAAUCCUAAUUUUAAGAGAGGCUGCCCUCACCUAUUGACAAGAUUGAAGAGAAGAGUGGGUGUGAAAAAUACAACGAAACCUCCAUCCUUACCAAGUCAAGAUAAAAGCAGGAGCAUCUUAAAGAGAGAUCACUGUGGGCUAGAAGACGAAAAAUCUGCUCUGCCUGGCCAGUCAGCUAAGAAACAUGCUGCUGCUGCUACUUAUCCUAUUUCUCGUUCCUCUUCUUCUUCUUCUGCUUCUUGCUCUUCUUCUAAUUCUUCUAGUUCUUCUUCCUCUAGUUCUUCUAGCUCUUCUUCUUCUAGUUCUUCUAGUUCUUCUUCUUCCAGUUCUUCCAGUUCUUCUUCUGCUUCUAGUUCUUCUUCUUCUUCUGCUUCUCCUCCUUCUCCUCUUCCUUCUCCUUCUCCUUCUUCUUCAGUUUCAAGAGAAAUGGAUCCAAAAAUUGUGGAGAACCAACAUUUCAGUGGAAGAUUUACUAGCAGCAUAGAAUUCAGAAGUGGCUUCUCUGCUCCACCUCUAUUGGCAGGAGGAGUUCAUCAUACUAUGCUGAACCAGCUCGGUCCUUUCCCACCUUUCCACCUGGCUCGUAUGACCAGUCACACUCAAAUGAGUAUGUACGGAGUAGAUGGAACCGCAAGUACUUCUUCAUCUUUCUAUCAUUCUAUGCCCCCUGUCCAGAGCUCAUUCAGUUCUGUGGUAUACCCAGGGAUGUACACUGAGUUGACAACCAUCCAGACACAUCUGUCCAGCUUUGUACCUUUUUAUGGCCCAUGCUACUCGAUACCCAUGGUGGCUAGUGCCUCUGCCGUACCCAUGCUCGUGCCGCCUGAAGAGCCCCAAACCUCUUGGUACCAACACUGUUCCGGUUGCAACUGUGGCUCUUCUAGCGAUGCCCAUUCUUCCAAAAGAGAUGCAAGACCCGACUAAUAUCCAAGCUACCAACUGCUGAAGCUAAGCCCCCAUUUCCCUGUUUUGUUUUGUUUUCAAGAGGCUAGUCACCAAAGAGCAAAGAGUUGGGCUACUUUAUCUGAAGAAUAAAAUUAAUUGCUUCA